AUCGGGCCAGAGUUUGUUGGGACGCUCCGGCCAGCCGCGUCUCUGGUGUCUGCUCCUCCGAGGCGAGGGGCGGUUAGGGUGGCUUCCAUUGUUCGGGGCUUAGGGCGCCAUGAGGGGUGACCGAGGACGAGGGCGCGGCGGGCGCUUCGGGUCCCGAGGAGGCCCAGGAGGCGGGUUCCGGCCGUUUGUGCCACAUAUUCCAUUUGAUUUCUAUCUGUGUGAGAUGGCUUUCCCCCGGGUCAAGCCAGCGCCUGACGAAACUUCGUUCAGUGAGGCCUUGCUGAAGAGGAAUCAGGACCUUGCUCCUAAUUCUGCUGAACAGGCAUCUAUCCUUUCUCUGGUGACAAAAAUCAACAAUGUGAUUGACAAUUUGAUUGUGGCUCCAGGGACAUUCGAAGUGCAAAUUGAAGAAGUGCGACAGGUGGGAUCCUAUAAAAAAGGAACAAUGACUACAGGACACAAUGUGGCUGACCUGGUGGUAAUCCUAAAGAUUCUGCCAACAUUGGAAGCUGUUGCUGCCCUAGGGAACAAAGUUGUGGAAAGCCUGAGAGCACAGGAUCCUUCUGAAGUUUUAACCAUGCUGACCAAUGAAACUGGCUUUGAGAUCAGUUCUUCUGAUGCUACAGUGAAGAUUCUCAUUACAACAGUGCCACCCAAUCUCCGAAAACUGGACCCAGAACUCCAUUUGGAUAUCAAGGUGUUGCAGAGUGCCUUAGCAGCCAUCAGACAUGCCCGCUGGUUUGAGGAAAAUGCUUCUCAGUCCACAGUUAAAGUUCUCAUUAGACUGCUGAAGGACCUGAGGAUUCGUUUUCCUGGCUUUGAGCCACUCACACCCUGGAUCCUUGACCUACUCGGGCACUAUGCUGUGAUGAACAAUCCCACCAGACAGCCUUUGGCCCUAAAUGUGGCAUACAGGCGUUGCUUACAGAUUCUGGCUGCAGGACUGUUCUUGCCAGGGUCAGUGGGAAUCACUGACCCCUGUGAAAGUGGCAACUUUAGAGUACACACAGUCAUGACUCUGGAACAACAGGACAUGGUGUGCUAUACAGCUCAGACUCUGGUCCGUAUCCUCUCACAUGGUGGUUUUCGGAAGAUUCUUGGCCAGGAGGGUGAUGCCAGCUAUCUUGCUUCUGAAAUAUCUACCUGGGAUGGAGUGAUAGUGACACCUUCAGAAAAAGCUUAUGAGAAGCCACCAGAGAAGAAGGAAGGAGAAGAAGAGGAGGAGAAUACGGAAGAACCACCUCAAGGAGAGGAAGAGGAAAGCAUGGAGACUCAAGAGUGACCUUCCUUUCUCUUCACCCCCUUUCUUGUCCAAGGGGAAGACUGCAGCCUAAGUUAAUUGCUCCUGGCUUUAAUAAGGGGGCAUUUCUGAGGGAUAGAGGAGACAGGAAGUGUCAUUCCACUGGGUUCUGAUUGGCUCAGUAGCCAGAAGUCUUCCAUUUAUGACAUAUGCCAUCCAUGUAUAGUGAAACAAUACCAGCCUUUCUCCUAAGACUUCAGAAAACCCAGUUCUUGAAAACCUCUCCAACCAGUACUUUGUUGUUGAAAUGUUGUGAACUGUUAAGUGUCUGGAUUUUUUUUUUUCUAAGAAAAAUGAUUAAAAUACUUCCUAGUAGGG